CCCUGUCACUUGUUGAUCACAGGUGUAGGAGUGCGGCCAGCAGAUUGAUGAAGAAGAGGACCUUGGAGUCAAACUUCCCCACUCAUUAAAAGUCGCACAACAGGUAGAAGCAGAAGUCAGAAUAGCUAAUUAAACCCUUGGAAUAACCAAGCAUACUUUUGACUUUAAGGAAAAAAAGGUGAUUUGUGUAAUGAAGCUCGUCUAGUUAUACACAAAUACUGAACAUUCCAAAAUGUCAAGCUUUGUGGAUCGUUUGACAAGGCGAAAAUUUGUUACCUUUGAAGACACAGAACUACCUCGAGUUUUAAAUACCGUUGAUCUCACAUUACUUGGCGUUGGAUCAACUAUUGGUGUUGGUAUUUAUGUGCUUGCAGGUAAAGUUGCAAGUGAAACUGCAGGACCAGCAGUUACAAUAUCAUUCCUCAUUGCUGCCGUUGCCUCAGUGCUUGCUGGCCUGUGUUAUGCAGAGUUUGGAGCUCGUGUGCCCAAAGCUGGCUCUGCGUAUGUCUACACCUACGUGUGCAUUGGAGAAUUUGUUGCCUUUGUUAUUGGAUGGAAUUUAAUCUUGGAAUAUGUAAUUGGAACAGCAAGUGUCGCUAGUGGAUAUAGUGGAUAUGUUGAUAAACUUACAAACAACACAAUAUCCAUUGCAUUGACUGAAGCAAUGCCCAUCAAUGUUUCCUUUUUAUCUAGUUAUCCAAACUUCCUGGCAUUUGGCCUUUCAUUUGCAAUCUCGGUUGCUUUGUCUCUCGGCGUAAAGAACUCAUCACGAAUGAACAACUUAUUCACCACUGUGAAUAUGCUGGUGAUAAUCUAUGUCAUUAUUGCAGCUGGAACAAAAGCUAAUGUAAAAAAUUGGGCGAUACCUGAAAGUAGCCUCAAUGAUACAUGUACAGAAGAUCUUCGAAAGAAUCAGGAAGAUUGGGGUGUUGGUGGCUUUACACCUUACGGAUUUAAUGGAAUCAUGCAGGGGGCAGCCUCAUGCUUCUUUGGCUUUGUUGGCUUUGACUGUAUUGCCACAACUGGUGAAGAAGCCAUCAACCCACAACGAAGCAUUCCUAUUGCCAUCAGCAUCUCUCUCCUGUUGGUAUUUUUAUCAUACUUUGGUAUAUCUUCAGUUCUCACACUGGCAGUACCUUACUGCAUGGCAGAUCCAGAUGCUCCUUUGGUGGAACUUUUUGUUCAGCUUGGAUGGGAAGUGUCCAAAUGGAUUGUUAGUGUUGGUGCUUUGGUUGGGUUUUCUGCAAGCUUGUUUGGUGCAAUGUUUCCCCUCCCUCGAGUGAUAUACGCUAUGGCUAACGAUGGAUUGGUCUUCCGCUUUUUGUCCAGAGUCGAUAAGCGCUUUCAUACACCUGCCAUUGCAACUCUGCUAUCUGGGUUAUUUUCAGGACUUAUGUCAAUGUUUUUUGACUUGGAUAAACUGGUGGACAUGAUGAGCAUUGGAACUCUUCUUGCAUAUAGCAUUGUGGCCGUGUGUGUUAUGCUCCUGAGGUACACAAAUUUAGAAGUUUGCAGUAGGAAGUCUGAGUAUACUUUACUCAAAAACAUGUAUGCAGAGGGUGAGGAUACUCACCUCAAAAGCUCAAGUGAAUCUGGAGAUACUAGAAAAUCCCACUUCAGCUCAGAACAUUCAGCUAUGGCAUAUGUGAAGCAGCUAUUCAAUGUGAAGGGCUUAAAGGAACCAACUGAUCUUUCAUCUUCUUUGGCCAGCUAUGCUACUUUAAGUUACUGUUGUCUUGCUUUUAUAUUAGCUCUCUUACUGAAAUUGCUGCAGACGCAACUAGCCCAAGGAGAUUUGAGAGCUAUAAUGGGUGUCGGUAUCACUGCACUUCUCUGUUUUUUGAAUAUCGUCGUUCUCUCUCGGCAGCCAGAAUCUAAGAAUAAGUUGUCUUUCAAGGUGCCAUUUGUGCCUUGGACUCCAGCCUUGAGUGCUUUGUUUAAUCUGUACUUAAUGGCUAACCUGCCUGUUGAUACCUGGAUUCGUUUUGGAAUCUGGAUGGCCAUUGGCUUUCUUAUCUAUUUUGGCUAUGGACUGUGGAAUAGUUCAGAAGAGCUCUCAACAAGCGAAGCUAAAUACGGUAUAAACAACCCUGCAUUUAUUGGAAAUGGGAAGAUGGACAAAAAUCCAAAUGGUCUUGUAAUUCCCACUAUUGAGAUUCACCUAGCUACUCCUGCAAAUUCUCGACCUAACACUCCUAAGGCAAUCGAGAAAAAUAAACAGAAAACUCCAUUACCAAUAUCUCCUCUCGUGGCUGUAGUGAUUGAACCCCGGCAGUCUGCAUCGACCGAUGUAGAUGUUGUUGACACUGGAUAUUCUUCUGAACAAGAGAUUCAAAUUGCCAUCGUUUUAUCAGAUAAAGUAUCUAGUGAGGUGACCAAAGGAGAAGAGAAAAGAUUACAAAGUGAAACUAGGGAUUCGCAUCUUAAGGGUGAUCACCCCAGCUUGAGCAUGCUAAGUGAAGGUACGAGAGAACCAUUCAGUGAUGAUGAUCAUGGUAGGGAUUUAUCACCUUUACCAGGUGAAGAGGUUUCUAUGACCAACAGAGAAGAAAACAAGUCAUUAGAAACUGUAAAGAAAACUGGAAAUAGUAAUUCAGGAUGUGUAUCUUUGCAACAACUGUUUGAAGACAAUCCAACAAAAUUGAAUGAUAGUGUGAAGGAUGAUCCAAAUGACCCUGGAUAUGUAACUCUUGAGGAUGUCAAAGCUCAAAUUGCAGAAAUACAUGUGGCCACUGAGAAUAAAAUGGAGACAUCUGAAAAUUUAACAAAUACUGAAUCUGCGAAUAAAGAAAAAGCUUUGCCGUUAGAAAACUCUGAGAAAGUUGGAGAUUCUGACUCGUCAGAUAAAUUUAAUAAGCAAGAGGACCCUAUUUAUGCCACGGUAAAUAAAAAAGCAAAGAACAAAUCAGGCCCAUUAAAAGAUGCCUCUGACUUUAAUAAUUCAUUGUCUGAAGAUAAUAUGGAAGAUCAGCCAGUACUGAGAAAUGUGCAGUCUGCACCAAUCUUGUAUCCAUCAACCCCACCACCAACACCACCACCAAUACCAUUCAAACUCAUUGGAUACUCUCACAGUAGUGUCCCCAGUACACCUGUGUCAAAUAAACAUCCCUUUAAAAUUUUGAAGAGAAAUUCCAGUUUUGAUGGCAUUCCACCAUCAUCACCAGAUAGCCCUCAUGCUCGUCGCUUGGGUAACAAAUUUGUAAUUAUUCCUGUGAAGGAACCUGGAACUGACUCGGAUAAUGACAGCAUCAACCUUGUCUCAUCUCAAGCGAGUCUUUUGGAUGAUGAGCAAGAGUCACAUGCACAGAAUAUUGAUGAACAAAAUGUACUAAUGAAUGAACUUGUAUUAAAAUUAGAAAAUCACUCUGAAUUAUCUGCGAGUGACAUCCAUAAAGGAGAAAAGCCACAUAAAAUCUUCACUAUUGGAAGUGAUGAUUCUCUGGAAAGUGCUUUAAUGGGAACAAAUACAAAUAACUUCAUAAAUAAUUUGCCCAGUCCUACAAUAACAAAUCAGACUAGAGAAUUUAAAAAAGUGUUUAGCAAGGACUCGGCACUGGAGGUGCUAGAUACUAUUAGGGAACGGGGAGAAAGUAAAAUAUUAUCUGGCGAGGAAGAUAAGACGGAUGUUAAAACGUCUGGGAAGUCUAUUGAAACUAGUGCAGAUGCUGGAAGUGUAUUGGAGAAGUAGUUGUUUUAAAAUGAUGAGGACAUUUGAAAUUAGAAUGUGCAGAAUCACACUAGAAAAUACAGAAGUAAAUAGGCAAUAUGCUGGUAUAAGUGGCAGUGUGCUAGUAUCUGAGGAGGUACUAAAGAAAUAACUGGUGAAGUUGGUUAUAAGCAAGACCGUAGGGAUAACCAUGGAUGUUGAAGCAGGUUGCAGGGAUACUAUGUAAACCAUUAACUAAAGUUAAUAAUGUGAAACGGUACUUUAUUGGCAAAUAGAGAUCUCCCGGUUAUUUAUAAGACGGCAAAGUUGUUGCAGUAUUCAAGAAAGGAGACUAAUUGGAAGCCUGAAACUAUAUACUGUACUAACAUCACAGACAUAGUCCCUGCAGAAUACUGGAGAGCAGUAAUCAAAGAAAAGACAGACAGUCUGCCAGAUGUGGAGACACUGCUGUCUGCUUUCACAACACUGCAGGUGCAACCUUUGUAAGUGGAUUUACCCAGCCACAUAGAAUUGACCUUUUUGUUUGAACAAAUGACCAGGAAUCAGUUCUCUUUUGUGUACAGUGUUCUAUCACUCUUAUUGGUAAGGCAAUGAACUGAUUCUGUAUCUAACUGAGCAUCUAGAUGAGCUUUUAUAUUAAAACCAAUGUCACCAUUUCACCCUUGUGAAAGACAUGAGCAAACAUCAAAUGGCACAGAUGUACUUAUGACGAUUUCUUAGCCUUCUUUACUCUAACAAACCAUGUAAAGUUUGCUACCACUUGUCAUGAAUUUGACAUGGUGAUCACCAUUUGCUACCAUUUGACCUGGUGAUCAUAGACCUAGUUGAAAAUCCUAUUACAUAGUGUCCUUUGAGCGAUGUUGGUUCUUUGGACCAUUGGGCAGUGUACAUCAGCAUCAAGAUUGAAGCUACUGUAUCAGAGGUGGCAGCACCACUCACCGCCUGGUUCUUGGAUCAGGAGUACUGGCAAGGACUAUGUGACUUCCUUGAGAAUGAAAAUUGGAAUGUUAUCCUGACAGGAGAUGUUUACAGCCAGGCUGUAAAUAUAUUCCUGAAAAUUUCUAUAAAUGCUAGCCUUGGGUUGGGUAUGAGUAUAGAAGUGCAGUCAAUGAGAAGUCAGGAGCCGGGAAUUGCUAUGAAUAAACACCAAUGCACUGAAACAAGAUUCUCAUAAUAGUUUAAAGAAACUAUAUGAAGCCAAUGCAAAAAGGGGCUCUUGAUAGAUGAGGACUUCUGAAGCAAAUUAUCAAGUUGAUCAGUGGGUCAAUAAAGCUUGAUGGCACACAAUAAAAGACCAAGGACUACCAUCUGAUAACUCCAUAUAACCAUUAAAUAGGCCACAUGGCUCAGUAGCUACCAGUACCAUAUAGAAGGCUAAAACUUCUGGCUUCUCACUUCAUGUGCAAGAUGCACGGUACUGAGCCAGAUUUCCCUCUGCCUGUGCAUCCUUCCAUACCAGGUCCCACUUAUCGUCCUGUAACAUUACAAGACCAAUGCUGGCAAGGCUGCAGGACCAGACUGUGCAAGUCCCUACAUCCUUAAAAGAUGGUCAUUCUCACAGCCCUCUUCUAGCUUGCACUGACCAGCAAACCUGGCAACUAAUCUGGAAGGUGACUAGGGUUAUAGCUUCCUGCAACAAAAGAAAAGCAAGACAUCAUUAGAAUCAAUAUUCUUGCAUUCGGUUAUUGGUAACAUCUUUAAAAAAAUCAGUUUUGAAUGAGUUAAAAUGCACUUUGGUAAACUAUUGUACUUGCUAAUUAACAAGUAGUAAUUUAGUUUUAGAAAAAAGAAGCACAUCACAUUUGUUACUACAGUCGACUUCAAAAUGGAACAAAUGUCUUGAUUGAAUAAUGUACAUGUCAUCGCCUUGGAUAUUGUUGAAGCAUUUAAUAAGGUCUGGUUUAAAGAUGAUAAAGGAUUUAUAACACUUCAACUCCAAAAUCAUAUUUGUAAUAAAGUAUUCACCACUAAUUUGGGAUUCCUCUCUGCAGAAAUCUCUAUACCCGUACUCUCUAUACAGGACCUAUAACUGUAGGACAAAAUUCCAGACAGGACUGCUCAGCUGCUGAGAAGCUAACUUAAUGUUCUUGAUAGAAUGCUAUAUAUCCAAACUCUCUAACACAAAAGUCUGUUGUCUGUUGCUGGUCUGUGUGUAUUCUUCACAGAGUUCAAAAAGUGGAUGUUACCUCUGCACGAACAGAGCAAUUUUGUCAGUCGUAUUAUCCAAAAGGCACAAAAUUAUAAAGCACAUUUUGGCAACAGGCUGGUGAACAAAACAUGCUAUUACUUCAGCAAUUCAAAAAUCCUGUAAAUGAUUUACUAAUAAACAAUAGUAUUCAAUAAAAAUAUAGAAUUCUUGCAUUGCUACAGAUAAUUGGAAAGAAAGAGUGCAGGUCUAGCUUGCAAACUUCAAAAUAAACUCAAAAGAAUACAGUAUGUACAAAUAAAUAAUAAAUUAAUACACUAAACAAUGAAAACAAAAUCAGAAAAAUAAACUGCAAAGUUUGUACAUGAAAAUGAUCAUUAAGGAGGCAGAUUAUAAGAAAAGUUUUUGAAUCAAGAAUACUCCUCAUAGAAAGUAAACUCAAAAAAUGAACUUAGACCACAGAAAGCUAAUGCUCUACUGUAUACUGUAUUGGGCUUUUGAGAAACCUAGUCUAAUGAAAUUUGCAGUGAGGAGUGCUCAUCAUCAAAGUUAUAUUAAUAAUAAGAGUUAUAGGAAGUUAAGGGUAUUUAUUCACACGUAUUUAAAAGUGACAUUUUAGAAGCAGAAAUGUAAGGUUAUAUUUAAUAGCCACCGAGAAGUUUCAUAACUUUCAAGAAGUUUUAAGAAGUUUCACUAAUAACCUUUAGUGAAAUACAGUAGUUAGCAGUUAGCAGGUAGAACCACAUACAAGUAUCAGCACUCUUAUAUAAUACUGUAUACAAAAGAACAUAUUGAACACAUUUUUAAGGUCGAUAGCUGGAUACAUUAAAUCAUUUCAUGUUAAUACUGUACUUAAUUUACCAUGUACAGUAAAUCACUUUUGAUGUAUAUAUGUGAAUAUCUAUUAAGUAAUGAGAUUUAACAAUGCUAUAUCCACCAAAUUAUGGUGAUGGAAUUUUACACUCCAAAACUCAGGUUUUAACUGUUCGCUGAUGUUGAUCACAGUUGCUUAGCUUAGUCACUUGUCGCUGGCACCUCAUACUCUUCAACUGCAGCCACUGUUAUGUAUCUUAAUACUGUAUUUUAUAUGGUUGCAUUUUGUAAUUUAAUAUUUUAUAUUUAUGGUUUUAUAUAAUUGUACAUAUUGAGCACAAAACUUUGUUUCUUACGAAGUUAACCAGUUCUUCAAAGGACUUUGUGUAUUUUGUUGUUGUUAGUCUUAGUCUUGCCCAAAGUGCUGUACUAACGAAGAGUACUGGGAAGACGGACAAUACAAGCGCAGCUCUCAUCCUGUAACUACACUUGGGUAAUUACAUACUAUGGGCUUGACAGUAUUCUACACACCCUGCUUCAACUUCUCAUCCUCACCCAUACAUUUCUAAAUUAAGUUCCACUGUUAUUGUGUUGCAAGUCCAUUAGUGAUCUUCUCACCCUUGAAGUUCAUCCCCAAUAUUAUCAUUAUUAUCACAACUUAACCCAGACACAGCUCCAAUUGCUAUCUGUAAUUCCCUCCUGUUAUAAAAUUGCUAUAUUCCAUUGAUCCUUAUGGGGUUUCCACUAUUUAUUUUCAUGAGCACCGGGAUGUAAGACUUCCAAAUAGCUUAGGAGUUUAAGGGUUCUACGUUAAUCUUUAAUUAUCAUCAUUGAUUUGCUUUGAUACAGGUCACUUCAUUCAUAAAACAAUACACAGAUUUUAAAGCUUUCCUAACAGUUUCCUACCUAGGUUAGCCUAACCUUGCCUAAGUAGUUAACCAACCCUAUCGCAGCCUAAUCUAGCAAUACAUGGUAUACAAUUUAAAAAAAUUUAGAACAAUGUGUGUGUGUGGGAAAUAUCCCAUUAUUUUUAUCACCCCUCCCAUGUUUUGAGAUAAUGUCUCCAGCAACAGCACAUCAAAUAUAAUAUAUAUAUAUAUAUAUAUAUCUGCUAGUUAUAAAUACAGUAUUGUUCUGUGUAAUAUUAGAUUUGGUGGUGUUCUGUAAACUCUUCUUUACAGGUUUGAUCCAUUGUUUAGAGGGAUUUAUUACAUGAAAAUGUAAAUUUUUGAGGGAGCACUGUAUAAUUACAGUAUAACAAAAACUGUAAAUUACAGUAUAACAAAAACUGUAUAAUUACUGUAUAACAAAAACUGUAAAUUACAGUAUAACAAACACUGUAAAUUACAGUAAUAACAUGGCAUAAUGCAUUGCUCUUAGUAUCAUAAUUAUUAUUUUUCUUAAUUUUAGUCCUAAGACUUGACAAAAGGCUAAGUGUAAUCAAUCAAUCCUGGAUCUUACCUGGUUCUUGCUUAAUGAGUCAAUAACUUUAUUCGUAUAUGGUUGUAUAUUUAUAACUGACGUACAGUAGUUAAAAAAAUUCAAGUUUUAAAUAAUAUUCUUUUGUAAAAUUAAAAAAAUUGUCUAAUAUUAUCAUCAUUAUAAAGAUACAUCAUAUUUCAAAUAAACAGAAAUGCUCAUUAUGACAUUAUAAUAAAGGAAAAAGACGAUGCAAACACGAUUAUUAAAAUUUCAAUUACUGUAUAUGAAUAAAUUCUAAUUAUAUUAUAUUUUACUUAAGACAA